GUGCAGACUAGGUUCUUCAGCGUGUGUGAGUCGGAAAACGUUGGUUGUGGGGUGGCAGAGCCGUACCAACCAGUGCCGACGACAUCAACAGUGCUUUCAGAGCUCUUGAAGUUGUGGGGUCGCUCGGUCGGUAGGUCGGUAACCCCGCAAAUCUUUGAGCUUUUGCUUCACUUAGCAACCCUAUUGUUCUUUCAAACGGCUUGGAUUUAUUCUGUGAUAUCACCAUAUUUUUAUUCAACUCAAAUUCUAACGGUGUGUAAAUUAAAACGCGUUGUGAAUAAUUUAAAAGGAUGAAGGCGCAAACCCUCGUCGUGAUAUGGAGCGCCUGCUUGAUUCUGGGUUAUUCUGGCGUGGAUGCACUUGAAUGCUAUGUUUGCAAUAGCUACAUUGAUAGUCGAUGUGCUGAAGACAAACCACAUGAAAGUUUGAUCCAAAAAUGUGAGAUGCUUGCUAGUGGAGGAACCAAGUUCACAAUGUGCCGAAAGACAGUUCAAUCAAUCGAGUUUCCAGUUAAUGGAUUACCACCAGAGGUCCGAGUAAUCAGGACUUGCGGUUACGACGAAUCAAAUUACAAGGGUCGAUGUUACCAACGAGGAGGAUUCGGUGGACGACAAGAAGUUUGCUCGUGCUUGACUGAUCGUUGCAAUGCAGCGACGUCGAUUAUCGACAAAACAGCGCACUUCGUCCUCAUGCUCAUGUGUAUUAUUGGAACAGCAGUUCGUACCUUUGUCAGCAACUAAAUAAUCAGAACUUAGAGCACAUUACAAAAGGGCAUAAAAAAGCCAACGGGGUGAUGAUGAACUUAAAUACGACAUCAUCAUCAUCACGGUGAAAAUAAGAUAAUAGAUAAAAAAAAAACAAGAGAGGCAAUUAAAAAAAAAUCGCCGAUGACGUCGAGAGUUCCCUGUUGUUAUUGCGUUGUUGUUGCCAGCGAUGCGAUACGUCCGUGCCUCUCUUCGCUCAUUAAACAAAUAAAUGUCACAAGUAUGCGAAUGAUAUUAUGGAAAAGGUGUAGAGAUUAUAAAUGAUUGUAUGACACGCUUAUUCUUAUUGCCGUUAUGCACAAUUGAGAGGUUGCGGGCCCGGUCUAAGUCAUCAUCACCGUAUCGAACGCUAUGCAAUUUUAAGAUUAACUAAAAAAUUAAUUAAUUAUAUAAAUAAAUAAAUAUAUAAAAUAAGUUAAUUAAUUAAUUAACGGGCCAAUUCGCAUGUACGGGGAAAUGUGAUGAUCUCCGUAGCCUCGAGUAUUUCUCACACUGCCUCGAAAACCGAUCCUCUUGAAGUUACUUUUUUUUAUUAUAUUUUUUCUUCAUCAUCACGCCAGGCUCAGCUAAGUGGGUGAGAGGAGUAAAAUAAUUUUUUUCUAUAUUACUACAAUUUAUUGUCAUCAUUUUUAGGUUCAAUUAAAAGUCAAUUAGUUAAGUAUAAUCAUUGAUUGUGUUCACUAUCUGUAGCAUAAUGAAAUUUCAUUUUUGGUUGCUGUAGCUAAUGAUGGUGUUUGAGAAAAGUGGGAAAAAAUUGAAACUUCAACGGCGUCGCGAAUUAUUUCGGGCACCGUUCACUCUCUAUUCGAAAAAUCAUGUUCUGUGUGUAGAGCUUAAUUAUAAAUGAAUGCGUUAUGUAAUAAGAGAGAUUAUAAAAUUAUAAAUUUAAAUUUAAAGUAAAAAGAAAAAUACGUGACCUUAGAGAGAAGUCUCUUGUUCUAGUAAAAUCUAUAUAUCGUGUGUAUGACCACGAUAUGUGAUUAUUUAAUUAAUUAAUAAUUAAUUAAUUAAAUUUCAAGUUCGAAAUAAUAAAGAUUAUGUUAUAUGUUAAUAAAAAA